GACGUUUGCGUGGUAACUAUUAGCCUGUGAUACAUACAACCCAACAUAUUAGCUCUCAAUUCAGUUCUGGCACAACCAGCAAACAACAUGUCUACUGUAACAUGCCCUAUCUGUUCGCUGUCUGUUUCAGAACGUGAGAUCAACGCGCACAUAGACAGCGGAUGCUCAGAGCACGUAGUCGGGAAGGACUCGAACUCGAACAACGCUCGGGCUUCCUCGCAGGUUCUCUGCAAGAAUGAUUCAGCAAACACCUCUCCAAAACAUGCAGAUGUGUCUACGGGAACUAAACGAAAAGUAGGGCCACUCGCUCUGACGCAGCAGUCCCAAGCGAAACGGGUGAGAGCGUUGGAACCCGUCGCACGGGCGGGUGUACCACUUGCGGAUAGACUUCGUCCACAAGCCCUGAGCGAGUUUGUUGGACAAAAACAUCUCACGAACCCUGGCUCGGUCUUGAUGAACUUACUUGGUAGUGGAAAUCUUGGCAGCAUCAUACUUUGGGGACCUCCUGGUUGCGGAAAGACCACGCUUUCUAGACUGCUGGCUCGCGAGGCUGAUUGUACAUUCAAGGAGCUGAGUGCUACCUCAUCAGGGAUCAACGAUGUUCGCGCGGUGUUCGAGGAGGCAAAGAGGAUACUUUCUUUGACAGGAAAGAAGACGGUAUUGUUCUUGGACGAAAUCCAUCGCUUCAGUAAAGCGCAACAGGAUAUCUUUCUACCUUACGUUGAACAGGGCCAAAUACAGUUGAUAGGAGCAACUACUGAGAACCCAUCAUUUAAGCUGACCAGCGCACUUUUAAGUCGAUGUCGCGUGUUGACAUUAGGCCGUCUCACCGAGGAAGAUAUACAAGAUAUCAUCACGAGAGCAAUAAGGCGGGUUAAUGGCAUGCCCAGCACUGGAAAGCCUCACGACGUGGAGCCCUCGAGCUCACAGGACGUAGGUGGAAGCUCCCAAGCAUCUAACAACUCGCAAGAGUCUACAUGCCCUUCAUUUUCCCAGAUCACCGAACGGGUGAUAUCAUCUAUUGUUUCCCUCUCUUGUGGUGAUGCAAGGACUGCAUUAUCCUUACUUGAACUUGUUCUCUAUUCCAAAGACAUCCCGGAAGAUGAUGUAAUUGCCUCAAUGCGCCACUCGGUGUCCACAUCCUAUGACCGCACAGGGGACAGUCGCUAUGAUAUGAUAUCAGCUCUGCAUAAGAGCAUCCGAGGUAGCCAUGGAAGCGCUGCCGUGUAUUGGCUAGCACGGAUGCUCUGUGCAGGAGAGGAUCCUGUGUAUAUUGCGCGGAGGAUGGUUGUCUGUGCCAGCGAGGACGUAGGGCUUGCGGAUAACCAAGCUUUGCCCCUGGCAAUCGCUACCCUUCAUGCCUGUCAACAAAUCGGAAUGCCAGAGUGCCGGAUUAACCUGGCUCAUCUCGUUGCAUACCUUGCGGAGGCUCCAAAGAGUACACGCGCUUACGAGGCAUAUAAGCGUGCGGAAGAAGCUGCAAAAUCAGAUACCGGCUUGCCUGUUCCGAUGGCAAUGCGGAACGCGCCAACAAGUCUCAUGAAGGAACUCGGAUACUCUGAAGGAUACAAGUAUAACCCCUGUUAUGCACAUCCGGUCCAUAAUGAGUACUUACCGUCACCCGUCAAACAUAAUACAAUCUUGAAGGAGGCUGGAGACAUGUCGGAUAAACUCUGGGAUGAAGUCGCGUUGCGACACUGGGAGAUACAAUGUAACGGCGGCAGUCUCUGGUGUGGUCGUCCCGUCCAAUAGCUAGUACCAUGGGGGUCGUUGGUCUUGUUGGAUUAUGUUGCAUUUGAUGCAGUAAACGGGC